CCAACUGAAUCUCUCUCUCUCUCUCUCUCUCUCUCUCGUGAGAAUCACCACUCCAAGAUGAAGCUCAAGCAGUUAGAAGGUCUCCUUGGCUCUAUUCAACAAUUCUCCAAUCCAAAGAUUGACUUGGAACAAUACCCAACUGGACCCCACAUUGCUUCCCGGAUGCUAUACACCGCGGAGAAUUCAUUUGGGGAUGUGAGCGACAAGGUUGUCGCAGAUUUUGGCUGUGGGUGUGGUACAUUAGGUCUUGCAGCUGGUCUCUUGGGUGCUCAACAUGUUAUUGGGCUCGAUAUUGAUGAUCAGUCUCUGGAGAUUGCAUCAAUAAAUGCAGAUGAUCUUGAGUUAGACAUGAAUUUUGUUCAGUGCGACAUCAAGAACUUCAGAUGGAGAGAUCAAAUUGUUGAUACUGUCAUAAUGAAUCCUCCAUUUGGAACACGGAAAAAAGGAGCUGACAUGGAUUUCCUCUCUGUGGCUUUGAAGGUUGCUUCUCAAGCCGUUUAUUCCUUGCAUAAGACAACAACAAGGGAUCAUGUGAAGAGGACAGCCUUGCGGGAUUACAAUGCUAGCAGUGCUGAAAUUUUAUGUGAGGUAUAUCAUAUUCAGUUAAUUUGUUCAUUUGCAAGUAUUUUUUGUGUUUAUCCCUAUAUUAUUGACAAUAUAUCACGUAUACACUCUAUUCUUUUAUUUUUCAUGGUAAAUUGAUAGCAUUUGAGUUAGCAAGAUUUGGUUGUGCACAUCUUCAUGAAUUUAGCUUAAAGUAUGUAGAGCUGUGAUGUGGUUCCUUAUUUCCUCGAUGCGUUUUCCUAGCUUCGAUUUGAUGUGCCAUGCCUCUACAAAUUUCACAAGAGAAAGGAGGUUGAUAUUGCGGUGGACCUAUGGCGAUUUGUUCCACAAAAUAGUCAAGUAAAACGUCUUUAACAAUGCAUCAUGAAUCAUUCAGUGACUGUAUCAAAGUGAGAGCCUAUACAUGUAAAAGUUUGAGAAUGAGACUCAUCUUCUGUAACAUUUGGAGAAAGCAUCCCUCAGUGCUUCCUUUUAGUUCCCAUAUCUGUAAUGCUGUGUUACCAGGAAGGAACCAUUCAAAUUCACCUAGCAAGUAUCUAAAACAAUACCUUGAGAAAUUAGAUUUUAAUGUUGGCUUGAGUGUUAAAAUGGGAUGGCUAUGUCAAUACCUUUAUACCCAGAAUUUGUUCGACCAAAACACC